CCACGGCAUGUGUUCUGUUCGGUGUCGCUGUGCUCCUGUACCCACCCGUCUGGACACUGGUCACUCUUUGUCUGAUGACCACCCUGGCCCUGCUCACCAUGGGUAUGGCCAACCCUUGCCGCGGCCUUCCCUUUGUGCAGACUGUGUUCGACCUUGUAUGGUCCCCUUUCUCGCAGCUAGUCAACUACCAGAACAUCCUGUACCCACAAAUCGACGGAGAACGUCGACGAGGUCACGGGCCUUGGGCAGUGAGAGGGGAGAUACCAGCCUGGGCGAGACGCCAGAUUUACGUGGUAUUCACGUGUUUACAGUACGGGCAAGGUGGACUGGUUUGUUUGUACGUAGGUCUCGUUCUGUGCUAUAAGUCAACAUUUUUAUUUCUGGAGGAGGUAUUCUGCUUGGAUAAUUUCAUGAACACUCAGAUGAACCAAGGGAAUGCAAGUAAAAGUCCAAUACUAGUUCGUUCUUUCCAAAAUUUUGAAGUAUCCACCAGAGUAGCUUUCGUAAGUUUGACCUCAACAACUUUCCUCGUGGGAACCUCGUAUUGUUUUGGGCGUAUGACAUCAUCGGCGGAAAUUGUACUCACUCUGACCUUUUCCUGCCUGUGUAACAAAAAGAUACAAGCCGGUGCAAUGUCGGUGAUAGGAAACCGCUACCCCCACGCCGUGGAUGGUCUGGGGGAUUUAGUCGUCCUCGGAAUAUUUCUCCUGUUGGACCUGGCCUUGUCGAGCCGCCAGUUUUUCAACGCUCUGUACAGCUAUAACAUCAUCAUCAUCAGCGUGACCUACUGUAACGCCUUUGCUGCUCUCAUGGAGUUCCGGAUCAAAGUGUGGCUCAAGAUCAAGUAUGAGCGACAACUUGUAUCUGACAUGCGUUGGGCUACGCCGGAUGAGCUGAGGGCUCACGAUGACGUCUGUGCCAUCUGCCUGGGUCACAUGACCUUGGGCCGAGUCACCUUCUGCAGACAUCUGUUCCACGGCAAAUGUCUCCGUCUGCUUCUCAAGACGAACACUCAGUGCCCUCUGUGCAAGGCCAAACUGGUCACUGCUGUUGGCCAUGGACACCUGGCGUUUUGAUAUGCCACAUGACUUUAUUUCUUGUCAGUAUGUUACAGUCAAUUCCAUCUUGUCAUAGGUUACUACUAAAUAACAUGGGUUCUUAUACUUCACUCAUUUUUUAUUUAUUUUUUUGAUAUAAUGUUAUUUUUUCAUUCAAUUCCGUUACAUUUUGGAUACCGAAGGCCUGAAUUGUGAAUAUCGCGUGCAUACAAAAUGAGGAUUUCACAGCCGAUUUCAUCACAUUAAGGCUAAUACACACUUGCUUGGCGUUUUAAUACCCGAACACCACGACGUUUUUAAUUCCCAGAGAGGGUUUUACUCCUUUUUCAACCCAUUUAAGCCACUACGUACCAGUCCGUUAUGACACCCCCCACACACACACAUCCCCAAUAAUGCACGAUAGGUCAAGACCAUCAAAAGUUGUUCCUUUAGAAUUUUUUUUUCCUUUCUAUGAUAGACCCUGAACUCAAAAGCUGCAUAAACCUGACACAAUUGCCCAAAAUAACCAAGUGAGGCAAUAUGGAUAUAAGAAAGUGUUCCAAAUCACAGGAAAUAAAAUUUGACAACGAAUAAACACACCAAAAAAACAAACAGUUCUUAGAAAUACAUGUACCCAAACUCUUCAGUUUGUGAGGUUACAAAAAGGUCACUCAAAAAAUGAAAGUUGCAAAUUGUGCUCCAGUCUACUGUACCUCAAUAAUAAUCACUUUUGAAAGAAAAUAAGUCAGUUCACCAUUAGGCCUAUGGUUAAAAUAAGAUUGACCACUCGUUUUUGUAUGGAUCUUAUAAGAUUUAAUAUUGUCCUCCACGAGACUCCACUACGGGCACUUGCAAAGCAUCUAAAGAAUCAUAGCUAGAAUAUCCUACAAAUAUUCGAUACCAUUCAUGUCUGGACUAACACUAGACACUAAUAUCAGCAGGCAUUGGUCCCAUAAUAACCAAUUUAAUUGUUUUCGAGAAACCGCCUUGUAUAAUUACACUACCUCAGAAUUGCAAAAUUCUAUCUGACAUUUUUGGCAGUUUGAAGUUACU